UUGAUUGUGUAAAAGAAAAUUGCGAUAUAAAUGUACAAUUCAUUCUCAAAAUUCGUUCAGUCAAUUCGCACCUUGAUCCCCGGAACUUCUAAUAAUGACGUCUUCAACUAAAAUUUACUUGCUUUUGCACUUCUUCAGCAGCAUAUGGGGGCAGCAAUGCCCGUAUUCGUCACAAUAUCAAGAGCAAGGAACUUGUGGUUGCACACGAGAUGUAAAACUUAUCCGCAGCAAUCUACCGUCCUGCUCAGUCCCAUACGAAGACUUCCCUUCGGCCAGGAAUGUUUACGGGAAUGCACCCCGUGUCGACCAGUCCUUUCCGACCUGGAUUAAUUACGAGCUCUUCCAGCGUGGUCAGCAAUUUGCGCGAAACAAUUUCUGGAGUGUCGGCCUAGCUGCGGCGCUCGGUCGCGCAGCGAACAUGAACACGCCAGAUAUUCGAGAUGUCAUCAUGUUCACGCAGGUCAUGUCUUCCUCACCAAUCGUGUGUGCCAGAAUCCUGUCGUCUUUCGCUGCAAAAAAUAUGGUAUGGUUUCAAGACAUUCAAGGUGGCCCACCCCGCGAUGACAGCGACUUUCUCCAAACGGUUAAUCGAAUUAGGUGGAUUCACAUCAAGGUGGCGCGAGACAUUGACGCCAAGCGGAGAAAGGACGCCUACAACCCAGAGAUCGUUGACGAGUCUACUUUUGACAAUGUUACAAUUAACGACGCCGUGUGGGACGCUUUUCAAAAAGAUUUGAUUGCUUCCCCCAUUCCGGAAGUGGAGAGACGACUUCCGCCCCAUUUUGAGGAGAGGAAUACGUCCACGCCAUAUUUUAAUCAGCAGUCACUCUCCCUCUUUCUCUUCAACGCGUUCGCCUAUCCAAUUCUGGCUGGUGGAAAUUUUGGCAUCGUCGGAAGUGACCUCUGGGCAUUCAACCAUCUCUCGGCAGUGAUAGGAUAUUCCCUUGGAAUUGACGACGCCUACAAUUUAGCGUUACAACCCAACUUCAAAGAACUGAAGGAAUAUUAUAGCAAAAUAUUUAAGGGUUACAUCGUCCCAGGAUUUUUCCACUUGGAUAAAAGAUCAAAAGUGACACUGGAAAAUAUUAUGAAGGGUACGCAGAUAAACAUUCCCGGAUGGACACUACAACUCUAUCUGUACAGGCUCCUCACGGUUGUGAUGCGCGUUCCGGGGUACAAUCUUCGAAAGUUGUUUACAAUCGAGGACACCUUUCAAGACGCGGCUUGGAACGGGGUCACCCUCCCAAACCUUUUGAACAGCAAGAACUACAGGGACGCCACAAAUAAUAAUUCAAUCCAGGAUUAUCUCCGAGUUGGUGAGAGGUAUUAUGGGGCGAAUUAUACGAAUCAAUGGGGCAGAGCCAGAUACUCGUUUUACACCCCAAUCAGGAACGACUAAAUUGAUACAGAUAAUUAUUUUAAUUUACACAAACCAAAGGAAAGAUGUAAAAUAUGACAUGAAAAGAAGAAGUUGAUGAAGUUGUAAGUACCGUUUAAAAAAGUUGAAGAAAAUUGUUUUCACCAGGUAUCGGCUAUUUGAUUGUAUAUAUAUGUACAUGUAGUAGAGUGCAUAAGCAAACAUUUAUGAAUGUAUAUAUUUAGAUUUACUGAUCCCACUAAAUUCAUUUACACUAUUAUUAAAAUACAGUCAUUGAUAAAUUAGGACACUAUA